GCCAAAUCUUGUGUGGGAGAGAGAGAGAGAAACAGAGAGAUGGCCAUGACUGAAUCAAAUUCUGCAAUUUGGGAAGAAAUCGAGCGCUCCGAGAGCUACCUUGUUUGCUCGAUGCAUGAGGAGGCAGCAACCUUAGCUUCAUCGAUAUUGAAGCGUCUUUGUGGAGAUAAAGAUAACAAAGGCGUUGAAGCUGGAGAAGAUGCUGGAUUCUAUGAUAUGUUGGAAUCGACCGGUAUGGUGUUGGUCCAGUCCUUGAAGGGACUAGGAAGGGCAUCAGAAAUCCUGGAUCAACUUAAGCUACUUUAUGUCUCUGUUGCAGCUAUCCCUGUUCAAGUUCUACUUACUGGGGCUUGCUUUCAGAUAUCAGUAGGUUCUUCUUUUGGUGUUCGGGAAUUUUUGGAGGAGUUCCUUAGCAAGUGGAAUUGUGUGGAUGGACAAUACUAUGUUCUUGUUGGUGCAGACGCAAAUGUACAUUGUUUAGAAAGAUGUGAUGCACGUUUUAUUCUGGGAGUUGAUCAAUAUAUUAAAGUUGUUGAGGUCUAUGCUGUGACACUUCUUGUGACAGUUUUGAAUGAUUUGGACCUUGCUGUUUCCUGGGUUGAGAAAGCUGCACUACCUGAAGAUAAACGACAGGUAAUAUUUAUUCUGUCAUACAGCUAA